AUGGUUACGUUGCCCAAAAGAAUUAGUAUUGAUCUCAUCGAGCCGAAUCUGUAUUUGGGAAAUCGUUCGGCAGCCAAAGAUCGCGAAACUAUUAAAAAAUACAACAUAACGCACAUUCUGACGAUCGAUCAAACUCCACUUCCUCAUGAAAUAGUAAAGAACGAAAAUUUGACCACAACAUUCAUCUGUCUUGGCGAUCAACCAGAAGAUGAUUUGUUGUAUCACCUAGAUGAUACUUACGCUUUUAUUUCAAAAGGUCUGUCCAAAGGAUGUGUGUUAGUUCACUGCUUUUACGGCGUGUGUCGAAGCGCCUCUACUAUUAUUGCGUUUAUUAUGAGGAAGCAUCACGUUUUGUAUAAAGAAGCAUUUGAGAGGGUGCAAGAGCAAAGAAAUAAGGUCUGCCCCAACACUGGAUUAAUUGCGCAAUUGAAACUUUACCAAGAAAUGGGGUACAAAGUAGACUCUUCAUACAAAAAUUAUAGAAUUUACAGAUUGCAGAAAGUUGCAAAUCAAGUACGUGAAAUGCAGUUGGUGCCACAAGAGUGCAAGGAUAUCAUCCAGAAGGAUCCUGGACUGGGUCCAGUAGCGCCAAGAGCCAACGUUUAUUGUUGUAAGGAGUGUAGUAGGGUGUUAGCAGAUGAGUCACAAUUGAUUCCUCACAAGACCCACCAGGCAGAAGUGUGUAAUAUGGCGUAUUUUGUUUUUCCAAUUGAUUGGAUGGAUUGCUGCAAGAUUCUCCAAAGAGCGCUGUGGUGCCCACAAUGUAAUGUAAACGUGGGCUCUUUCAACUGGAAUAUUGGUAUAAGAUGUCCAGAGUGUCACAAUGCACACAUUCCUGCGUUUUGUUUAACACCAGCUAGAGUGGAAUUUAUCAAAGGAUGCAAACCUUGA